AUGGACGAGGAGGAGACGAGAUGGCCAGCAAAUGCUCCAGUUGCUGUUGGAGAUCGAGGACGAGGACUGACGCCAAGUGCCAGCUGGAGCAGCCAACGCAAUGCAUCGGUUAGACGACAACAGCGGAGCUCGUCCAGGCGUUCCGAGUGGCGGGACAGCAGCACCACCAGCAGACGAAGAAGAAAAAGGCAUAAACUUUUGGGUGAAAAAAUAGCCGAUUGGUUUCGUGCAUUUUUAGCUUUUCUCUUUAGCAAUGUUGGGAUUGUGUGUCUGGUUGUGGGCUACACUAUUGCCGGGGCAUUUAUAUUCAAAGCUGUCGAGGGCUCCUAUAAUCGUAAAAUUGGAAACGGCUAUGACGUACCGAGAUCACGAAAUGAAACUGCGCUUCAUUUGUGGAAAUUAACGACCAAGGAAAACGUUUUCUCGGAGAAACUAUGGAAGUCAAAGGUGGAUAUAAUUCUAAAGAGCUACCAGGAUAUAAUAGUUGAUGCCGUAAAAAAUGAAUGGGACGGUUCAGACUCGAUGGAGAAUCGAAAGUGGAGUUUUGCUGGGGCUUUCUUGUACUCCUUGACAGUCAUUACGACAAUUGGUUACGGUAAUAAGUGUCCUCGGACCAUGUGGGGCAAGGUGAUUACAAUUGGCUACGCCAUCGCCGGAAUGCCCCUGUUUCUUUUGUACCUCACUAACAUCGGCGAUUUACUUGCUAAAAGUUUCAAGUGGACUUAUGCCCGUUGCUUUCUAUGCAGAUGCCGAAAGAGGCCACGAGAAUCUCGUGAUCGUCGGGUAACUGGCUCACGGCGAUCACUCGGUCAGCCUUAUCGAAAUAACACCUGGCAGAUGGUGAGAAUGCAAUCGGGACGUGAUGGGGCGGCAUUCGACACCGUUAGUGUGGACAAUGAGAUUGAGACUGGUUCAAAAACAACGACAAGCGAUCAAGGUAAUGACAACAACGACGACAACGAUGAAGAAGAUGAUGAUAGCGGUGGUGGUGGCGAGGAUGAAGAUAACGACGAUGAUGAUGAUGACAGCAGUGAUCAUUAUGAUCCUAAGCGUAUUACGGUCCCAUUAACUCUUUGUCUGAGCAUCAUGGUUGGGUAUGACUUUUAUAAUAAAUAUUAUCUUCCAUCAAGCAGAUAUAUUUGCGGAGGGGCAUUUCUUUUCUCCAAAUGGGAAGAUUGGAAUUUUCUCGACGGUUCGUACUUUUGUUUUAUCUCCCUUUCAACAAUCGGCUUCGGUGACAUAGUUCCAGGCGACAAAAUUUAUGCUGCUGAGGGAUUCGACCUAUCUUUUAUCUUCUGUUCCAUGUACCUCAUGCUAGGUCAAGUAUUGUCGACUCUAUAA